AUGACCUCCGGCGUCUCCAUCGACUCCAACGUCCGGCCCGCCCUCCUCAAAAACUCGGGCCUGCCAAAGUCCGACUCCUCCGUCUCCACCACCGCUGCAUCCUGCAAAUCUAUCCGCGUCACCGGUGCCCAUCCGCUCGGCAGCCUGCACGUCCAUCAGCCUCUCGACUCGCCAUUGUCGCAAGAGGUUACCGCCAUGAACCCAAACACUAUGCCCGACGAUGACGAGCCGCCUCCUCUGGCGCCUAUAGAGCACGGCCAAGUCAUGGACAUCCGCCAGGACCAGCAGCUUCAGCAUGAGCACUCCUUGGGCGGUGGCGACAUCGUUCUCGUCAUGGACCUGCCCCCUUCCUUUACCAUCGGCUAUGACUCGGUCUCCUUCACUGCCCGCGAGUUCGUUGGUGUCAAGGAUAUUCCACCCGGCCCUCAUUUCUUCUGGGUCUCUGAGACGGAAGCGAGUACCACCCGCUCCGGCUUCUGGGUCAUAAGCUCUGCCACGGAGAAGAUUCAUGUUAUGCAAUGGGACAAGUUCAAUGAAGUCAUUGGCGAACCCGCCAGUCAGGUCGAGGCCCGCUUCCAAAAGGAUAACAUCCGUGACAUCUACCCCAAGCUGGCCCCAUACCAGUUCCGCGCCCUCAACGCCAAUGUCAAGCCCGCAGCCGUCUCUCAGUCAUCCAGCCCGGACCCCGAGUUCGCGAGGAACACCAACAUCUGGCAACAACUCACUAGCGCCAUAUCCGCCGGCCUGCUGAACAGGGUCACGGCGCGCCAGGCCGGUGACUGGGCCGUACACACUUCUGACCGUGUAAAGGGCGCACUGAUGCUACCCGCUGAGGUUGAGCUUGAGAAGAGACUUCCCAGUGUAGUAGCGAGUACCGAGCUCAAUUUUACCUUCAGUCAGGCGGCGAAAACGUACGAUGUGGAAAGUAUCGGUUCAGCGAGAACUGAACAGGCAGUCGAUGCGACUGCCCAUCUUCUCUCCGCAGGCAUCAGCGACGAUGACAUUGUGGGCGAGCUGCAGUUCGCUUUUCUCGUUGGCAUGCAUCUCGGGAACGAGGCUUGUGUUCAGCAAUGGUGGCACAUGCUGGUGUCUCUAGUUCUAAAGGCCUACACACUCCCCCUCAAACGCCCCGAGCUCGCUCGCUCGCUCCUACAGACCGUCACUGCCCAGCUCGUCUACAAUGAGCGAUAUCUAGACGGUUCCGUCCUCGACUAUGGUCCUUCUUACGCCCGCGAUCUGAGAAUGGCUCUGAUCGUGUACAAGCGUCGCCUCAACGAGGUGCUCCUGGCACUCAACUCACGCGCCACACCGGAGCAGGCUGCCGUCGGCCAGGCCUUCUCAGAUCUUGAAACGUGGGUAUGGAAGUUUGGCUGGGACAUCAGGAGCGACUACCUCCGCAAGGGCAAGACGAUGCUCGAGGAUGGCGAGGAGGUGGAGCUCGAGCUGGACGACCUCGAGGCCGAAGAUGAGCGGGGUGAAUUCGCCGCCGUAGUGGUUGAACUGGACGAGAGCGGAAAACAGAAGGACCUUGUCUCGUGGAAUUAG